CAUCUACCAACCUUGGUCGUAAUUCUUCCAAAAGACCAUCACCAGACUAUCAACCAUGAGCGAUAUGCUUCCGGAAUCACCAUUGUCGUCGCUAUCGUCGUCGGACGAAGCCGACGACCACAUCAGCACACCGAACCGAUCUGCCAGACCCAGCAUAGACACAGACACGGCAGGACCACCUAGUAAGAAACGACGCACCGGAGGCGGACCGGCACACAUUGGUACACCACAUGGCGGUACAAUAAUGGCAACCGGCGGUGAUGCGAUGGAAGAAUCCGAAGCAGACAUCAGUUGCGACAGCGAGGGAUCGGCUCCAGGGUCACCAAGCGCAGACGAGUUCGCUAUGAGAGCAGACCAGGUCACGACAUGCGCAUGGGAAGGCUGCAGUGUGGGAGAUUUGGCCAAUAGCGACGAGCUUAUUGCACACGUCCAGAACGACCACAUUGCUCCGAAGCGAGCACGCUAUACCUGCGAAUGGGGAGACUGCGCUCGCAAAGGCACCAAUCAUCCCAGCGGCUAUGCUCUCAAAGCCCACAUGAGGAGUCACACCAAGGAGAAGCCUUUCUUCUGCCAUCUUCCAGAAUGCGACCGCUCCUUUACUCGCUCCGAUGCCCUCGCCAAACACAUGCGCACCGUCCACGAGCCUGAACCACCACGCGCUGCCAUUACAAACGCCAACCCCAUUGAUCCGGCUACCGGACAGCCCAAGAAGGGCCCCAAAUUACGGCUCUCAAUGAAUGGCAAGCCCACAGUCAAGCCCGUCGCCCCAGACGUCCCCGUUCCCAUGUCGACACAGGCCCCGAAUGACCCAUCACCACCUAUGGACAACAUUCAAUACAUACCCGCUCGUCAUCCUAUCACAGGCCAGGCAGGCUUCAUGAUCACAUAUCCUCCUGACAUCCACUUCUCGCAGUUUGAGAGCGAGAUCCCCGCGAACCAACUCAUGCGCCUACUUAGACGUCAGCUUCAUUGGGCUCAAAGCGAAGGCGAUGCGCUAAAAAGAGAAGUCGAAGCACUCGAGGACCUCCGUUGCAAAGAAUGGGCCGCAAAGGAAGCUUUGCUGGAGGGUGUACUACAAGGCGAGCUCGCACAUACACAACUGGGCGAGGAAACUCUACGAGAAAUGAAGGAUGAGGUAUGGGGCCCUGAAUCAAAGGAGCUGGAAUGGUCAGGUACUCCUUGGUGGACGAGGGAGGAUCACGAUAAGAUCGAUCAUCUUGCAAGCCCAGGAGAUAUGAGCGUGGAUGAUGUGCUUGAAGACGCAAAUCACACGGCAAAUGCGCAACAAGCAAGUGCUUCACAAGCGGAGAGAGACGAAGACAUGAUGGCCGUCGGUGCGCUCAUGGGCCUCAGCGGCGCCGGUUAGAGUCGAUGUCUCCUAUUACCCGAAAAGAAUUUGCCGUAACAGGAGGAUAACGAAUGGCUCGAGGAGAAAGCUAGAUUCCGUUUCUGGAACAGCAGGAACGACCAGAGAGGGGAAACAAAUAGUAUUUGAGUAUAUGCAAAAUGUUGCUAUCAACAGAGAAACAACUAUUCUUUUCAUCAGACA